GAUUUUGCGGGGUAAACGACCGAUCUGGAAUGGAUUAUUCGGUUAUGGUCGAUCAGGCUGUGAAACAGUUUUAUGCCGAAGGGAACAAUGAGGUGCAUUUGUGGCUUCUACGGGUGCAGGCUUCUCCAGAAGCUUGGACCUUUGUCUGGGAGCUUCUCGAUCCAUCCAAGUCGUGGGAGGUGCAAUUUUUUGCAGCUAGCACACUACACUCAAAGAUUUCUAAACAUUGGAACGAAGUGCCUAAGAACGAAUAUCCUGCUCUGCAGGAGCGUUUGCUCAAUACCAUAAAGCAACCAAACAUACCAAAGUUUGUUCUGUCGAAGCUUUGCCAGGCAUUAGCCGGAUUCCUGGCAAAUGUCAGUGCUAUGGAAACCGAGGAACCAAAUAAGAAUGUCGUAGACGAACUCAUGAGCAUGCUCCCCUCCGAUUCUCUUCCUAUGUUGGAAUUGCUUUUGAGGACACUUUCUUUGUUACCGGUCGAGUUCGCAAGAAGAUACGAAGGGAAACGAAUCAAAUUGCAUGAACAUUUAGUGAACGGUUGGUGCAAAACGGCCUGGCUUCUGCAACAAGUUUUCUCCAUGUGCAACCCGAACACCCCUGGUACUGACAACGCGUUGCAUCUGUUGGCAAUAGACUGUGCAUUGUUCUGGCUGCAAGUCGGUCAACUGCCUUUAGACGCGACAGGGCAGAUAUAUCAUCAUUUGUUAAUCGCUGCGGCCUACUAUGCGCCAAGCAGGGACAACGCGGAAGAAGAGCAUUCCAAAGGUUGGGAGGCGGUUCACGAAUGCUUGAACAUGAUAGUAACCCGUUGUGAGCUUAGAAACAGGCCACUGACAUUAUGGGAUUGGACGAGAAGCCUGGUGAGCUUGGCCAGACAGUACAAUGGAAAGUAUUUCUGUGAAAUCCUGACCGCCAUCGGAGAGGCGCACAGCCGUAAUUUUUUACUGGCUCUGGUGGAGGAAGGAAACGAGUCACAGAGAUGGACGGCAGAGGGUUUAAUCGAAUUAUUGUUGGAAUGUUCGGAACAAGAGGGACGCUACCCGACAGACGAGACUCGCAGUUGUAUUCCGUUUGGAUUUUGGUACGCGUUACAGGAUGAUAUCGGCACACUUGACCAGCCGUACGAGAGUCACGCUUUGGUCGCUCUGAAACCAAUUUACGCAAGACUGGCGCAAGCAUUGUUGCGAAAAUCCACGCUCCCAUUGUCCCCUAACGAAGCUGGGGACGCUGACGAACGAGAACUCUUCAGGUGUUAUAGACAGGAUGUCGCGGACACGUUGGAUUAUUGUUACAGAGUAUUGAGGCAAGACCUGCUGGUACUUCUCGGACAGCGAUUGAGUCAAUCGUUGCACGGAUCAGAGAAAUGGACGGAAGUCGAGUCAACGUUGCACGCUUUCGAAGCUAUAGCGGACAGCGUCGAUAUAGAAGAAUCGCAUUACAUUCCUGCACUAAUGGAUUUAGUUUUAACUCAUAUCCCAUACGAUCUCUAUCCCGGACAGGUGCUAGCCUGCGUCUGCUCGACAGUGGGAAGGUACGCCGAGUGGAUAGGCGUUCAUCCGGAUCCCUGGCUGGAGAAAGUAUUACGAGUGGUCACCCUAGGCUUGACCAGAGGCUCGGUCACAGCGCCGCUUGCCAGCAUGGCCCUGAAGGAUCUGGCAAGGGAAUGUGGACAACACCUGACACCUUUCGCCCCGUCUAUCCUCACCACCAUUGAGCAAACACUGCCAACGAUUACACCGGGAUGCGGGGAAGGCUUGCGACUGAUGUACGCGGCUGGGAAAUUAUUGAACACCUUGUCCACCGUGGACGAACAAUUGGUCCACCUGGACGCCACGUUAGGCAUGUGUAUCGUAAAGAUCAGGGAGUUAUUGGAGCAACCGUUGUUCGUAGCCCGCGUCGCGGUGACGAACCAAUUGAAAAUGGCCACGAUGUUCUUCUCCACGUUGGAGGAAUCGAUAGGGAAAGCCGUGCUGGACGGGCUGCUACCGAUAUUCAAUCAGAUCAUUCGUCAUCCUGAAUGGAGCCAGGAUAACUCCACCCUGGAGGAGAUGUACGUUUGCGCGCAGAAGUCUUUGUCGUCGUUGUCACGACCGGAAGUGGACGCUCGGCCGCUUCUUCCGAUUUUAGCGACCUCCUACAAGAACUGGCCUCAUCCAGCCGCGUUGGAUCUUCUUCGACAGCUGGUAUUGUUAUUCGGACGGGAUCCCGAGAACGUGAUUGGUCCAAUAUUCGCGGACCUGAGUUCUGUUACUUUAAGUGGUGUCAGAGCUUGCAGAUCGGUACGCGGUAAUCUGUCCGAUUGGGCGGAAUUGAUGGAAGCCUAUUUGGGGCUGUUGGCACAGAUCUGCAAGAAGAACUAUAGGCUAAUAUUGCAAGUACCGGACCAAAUUCCGGAAAUGUUACAGUGUGGGAUCGAGUGUCUGACGUUGCCGGAAACGGGAACUGUUAAAGCAGCCGGAUGUUUUCUGACUCAUGCUAUUAUGCAGAGCCCACAUUUACAAACGUUCAUUCAACCGAUCGGCCAGGAACUCGUUUCAGUAAUCCUGCAUUGCGUGGGUGGGAAGGUACCACGGAGCAGUUUAGACCCUCAUGCGGAAGUCCUGUUGGCAUUGAAUAAAGAAUGCGUGCAAUGGUUGGGUCAUUGGCUACGUGGCGCGUUCGAGAAACACUCGGCUCUGUUUACGGUCCCUCAAGUACAAAAGGUUAAUUUCGUGUCUCUCGUGCAGAAAGAGAGAACGAGCAAGCAACGAAUGAGCGGUAUUCUGAAGGAGUUCAGUCUGCAGAAUUUAGUAACAAAACAGAACGCCAGUUGUGUCAACGAGAGUACUCGAUCAUGAAACCUAACCUAAAUAAAACGCAGCGCGUACACUGUAAAAUACGGUUUGAUCGCGAAUUAAGAAUUAACCAGGGUAAUGUUUAUGUUUCUUUUUAUAAUGCAUGAUUUUAAAUAAAGACUGAUGAUGGACGAC